AGAUCAGCGGCAUGCGAUCGUCGUAGCAAGCGUUGUGGGAUAAGGGGAAGAGAUUUCAAUCGUUCGAGCGGCAUAAGCGAUAAACAUGCUGCCGAGGUUGUUGGCCGUGCUCUGUACAGCACUUCCGGUAGUGCUGUCUCAGAGCAACUAUGCCUCGCAGGGCAACAGCAUCGAGUAUCACCCAGGUUUGCCUCCGAGCACAGUACUAAAUGGCAAGGUAACCAAAUUGGACGACAUCUCGUCGAUGAUAUUUCUGAAUCGCACGAAGGCGUACCUGAAUUGCAGCCAGGGUAGCAUGCAGGUUGAGUUGAAGUUCGAGGAACCGUUUUACGGUGUCGCCUACGCGGAUUUCGAUCGUAACAGCGCCUGCAUAUUUAAAGGACGCGGAUCGACCAGUGCUAAGUUGGAACUACCUCUAAAAGGAUGCGGCACGAGGCAGGAUCCUCAACGCGUGUUCACAAACAAUGUCGUAGUACGCUUUCAUCCUGGUCUCGAAAUGGAUGGUGACGAAGUAAUCACAAUAGUUUGCAGAUACCCUCCCCCUAGGGCGCCCAUUCCUGCAGCGCCUCCUGCUAGCAUAUUGGCUACCCAGGCGCCCGUUCCGUUGGCCGAGCCUCCUCUCAAAGGUUUCCAGAUACUCCUCAUCAUUUGCGCGAUCCUGUUUCUCUCAUUGCUGUUGCUGGGUCUAGGCUGCUCGUACAUGUGCCUGAAGCGUAGGAACGUUCGCGUGAUACACCGUCAUCCAUUCGGAAGUGACUCUGGUUCCGAGUUAACGAAACCCUCCACGCCUAAUCUGGGUAGCAUCAUUAUGUUCGAGGGACUGAAGAUUCCUCGACCUAGACCGUUCCAUACAUCUACCUCCACUACUGGCAGUGAUACGCAUUUAAUGAACCCUUCGUUGCCUAGCGAUUACCCCAGCGAAACCUCCGAGGGCGACGAAGAACCUUCAUUACCGGGAUCAUCGGCAGGUUCAUACGACAAGCAGGUGUUCGUUCAUCACGAGACUCACCAGCGUCAAGAGAUGCGUACCAACAGCUCCUUGUAUUUGGAUACGGUUGCCGCAGAAAUGGAAACAUCGUCAAUGACAGCUAUGAACGCCUCGAGAACAACCGUUCCCCGUCACAUAAUGGCAGUGCCCAUCGAACCAAAGUUUGACGUACAAAUGCGAGUGACGAAAGUACCGCCCACUUCACCUAGCCCUCUACCUUCCGAAUCCGAUAUAGCGAGUGUCGCCCUAGAGAGGAAUUUGACUACGAUCCUAGAGAAGGAAGAAUCUAGCCUUACUCGUAGCAUGGAAAGUCCACCUACGAGGACUACCUUCUCCUACGUUCCAGAACUCCAUGUACCUCCAGGAGGAAGCUCUUCCACUUCGACGAUAUCCAGACAGCAAACGCCGCCCGUUUAUUCGAGAAUCUUACGAAAGCAAGCUGAACGAGAAACGACCACUAGUACCAGUAUUCUUCAAGAACGCAUUCCAUCGCCUUCGCCCGUUGAACAGCCGCCUCUUCAGCACCACGAGAUUCGCAGGCCCAGAUCACUGACUUCUCUGAACACCGAAUUAACGGAGACACGGUCCUUGACGGAAGUCACCGACCACACUCAUGCUAAAUACAGAGUGGCUAGCAUCCUGGCACCUACACCUCCGCCUCCUCCUCCGAUCGUCCCAACGGUCACAAGCACGCACACGGCCGUCCAGCAUCGUGAACACCGACUGUUCCGCGAAGAAGUAACGGAACCAUUGGUCGAGCCACAAGUAGUCGCCCCGAGACGUCCAGAGAUAACCACCCACGAGGUAGACGACGUGUUCCUGAAGACGGUGACGGAGAAGAAGACGAUCGAGGAUGUGGAGCGUCAUCGUCGUCAAGUAACCGAGUACCGAGCUAAGCCUCCACCAGAUCCCAAAUGGGACGUGACCAUCAGGAACUAUCCAACCGAGAAUCUCCCACCGCCUCCACCAGAAUGGGAAAACUUCUCCGACGUCAGUUCCAAUUCUAAUCUGACCAUCACCAACGAACCUACAGGCAUCCAGAUCGACGCACCGGUAGACGAAGAAGCUGACGUGAACAUAGAGCCGACGUACACGGCCCGUGCUGAAAUACCCUGCAGACCACCGCCAGUAUCGCACCGCUCCGUCGACGAGACCGACACUGACUGGUUCAGCAGAUUGUCCCGUGUCCUGGACCCGCGUUACGUGUCGGAGUUCACGGAAGAAGAACGCGCCAAAUGGCGAGAAAUAAUCACCACAGACAGCACUUUGAGGACUCUGCUGACCGAAGCUGUGGUUAAGGAGGACUAUGAGCUCAUACGUAAGGACGCGAGAUACACUAACUUGUUCCCGCCAGCCAAGUGGGAUGUAAUCAUCCGCAUCCUGGGUCCACCUUCGAUGCAUGCCGGGUCCACGUCCUCUUCGACUCACGGCAAGAACCACGGUCAACGGUACAAGAGGUCCAAGUCCUCGGAAUGGGACACCAGAUCCAGAAGGUCCUCUCUACCGACAUUGUACGAGUACGAAAGCGACGGAGGCAGCUCUGCACGUACUCACAGUCAUCGACUGCAAAUGUCCCAGUCGGCCACAGCUAUGGGUCAGUCGCGUUUGCGUAGAUUAGGCUCCAGUCACAGAGGCACUGGUGGAGCCAGCGAAGUGGACGUCAGGUCGAUGUCUGAGAUGACGGUUCGCGAUUUUGCCAGGGUGGAUCGUGAUGAUCUAACGAGCUUGAGCUCGUUCGAGGGCGGCGACUCCCUGGUGAGAUCUCUUAGCCAGCCUAGCUUAGCCAGAAGUGGGUCGGAGUUCACGGAACACUGGGGUAUCCCGGCUGGAAUGAUGGAUCUUCCGCCUUGGGCCACGGAAGAGGGAAUCAGUUCCGUGGAAACUACACCCAGAGUGGUGAGAAGAAACGAUCGCCUGGAGGUUUUAGCUUCGUUCGACGAUCGCAGACAGGGGUCAGCCACGACCAGAUCCAGCCGGUACGUGGAGAGAGAGCUGAACAGUGUUCGAGUGACCGAGGGCCAGAGAAGUUCGAAUUGGUUCCAUGACGAUUCUGAACCUGAAAUGCAGAUCUGAACUACUAGUUCGGGUUGAAAAUUGCCCUUGAUUGCCUCCUGUUGCCUUGGUCCUUUUAUUGUCAGUAAUUCUGAUACGACUGGGACCCACGUUUCUUCCGAUCGAUCGCUUUCUGUUUUAGCGCCUCGUUUAGUUGUACGACGUUUUUGAUAAUUUUUCUUUGAAAUGUGUAGACUGUACACACUGCCCUGUCAAGAUGACUAGUUUAUUCGUUCUCUUCGUAUCUGGCAGAUCGGGAGACGCUUUCUUUUUUACGAAUCUCUUCGAACGAACGUUUACGUACUUACGACUCGGCGCGUUGGCUGCAACGUGAAUCGAUUGAAACGAAUUUAGCAGUUGUGGUAAACUGACGUGCUUUCAUUUCGAUAAAAAUUAACUUUAAUUGGGAACGAUGUCGUGAUACCGAGCAGUUAACGCGUUGAUGAACCGUAGCCAUUCUCUCCACUUGCCACUCGAGUUUUAGAGAAGAAAAUGGCGGACAAUAGACGAGACUCGACGCCAACGAGUGGAACUGUAGACCCUGGCUGAACUAUCGAAUUAUCUUAGAAAUUAACUCGAUCAUAGUUAAAGUGUAAGUUUAACAAUUAACCAGGCAACAAUUUGCUUAUCUAACGGUCGAUCACCGAAUGGCGUAUUUCAAAGAUCUCUAUGAUCCUUAACCCUUAGAUUCCUGACCGAGUUAACUGGGGUCUUUCACGCUUAUUUUGUUAUAAUUUUGUAUGAUUAUUCGACAAUUGUUAUUCAAAGUUCUUUAAUACAAUUAUCAUUUGAAAAUGUCCCCUCAGUUAUUAUUUAAGGCUAUGUCUGUGAAAUUACAUGUAUGUCUCGUACUAUUAUUUGAAGUUGUAUACUCAACUGCUAUUUGAGGUUAUGUCUCGUAUGAGGUUAUGUUCGCUUUAUGGUUAUUUCUAAGAUUUUCCUCAAUAUUUUCAGUAUUUCUAGGAAAGUAAAUUUUCAAAUCCGUGACAGACCCUGGCGACCCCAUUUUGGUCGUACGUAGAUUCGGUAUUUAAGGGUUAGAAACCACCUUAAGAUUGUGAGACGAUAUUUAACACGUUCGCUACGAAUGUUUGCAGGCCUAUAUUCAAAAUUAUGAUUUUCGAAUACUUGAGAUCAGAAUUUUCGCAAUAUUUAUUUUACAAGUACAAUAAAUGUAAAUAUGAAAUUUAUAGUUACUAAUUACAUCACUUUCAUUAAGUAUCGUAACGGUGCUAAAAGUUACUGAAUUAAACCUACUUCGAGCUCUAUGGAAUACUUGACUAAAGUGCAAUUUUUAAAUUUACAACUAAACUUUCGCUACGUGUAAAAAUUUAUUCGGAUCAUAUCACUUAUUUUAAGAUUAAGUUUACUUAUAUAUACGUUUAGAAGAAGUUUGAGUUCCAAUUGUAGCCGCCCUUCUUCUUCGUUGUUUUUAAAAUACAAUAACCACCUCCAAUUUAAUCGUUGCAAACAGCAUACCUUUUUUUGUAAAAUUUAUGAAAUAAAACGAUAUUUUCUUAGACUUUAACCUGGACGAUGAGUUAAUUUGUCACUCGAUAAUUAUUUCGAUUAAUUAAAAGUAAAAGAUGUAAACUCUAUUCAGUUUCGUUCGCUUCCAAAGUUGGCCAUUUUCACAAGAUACGUGGUCCAAAAAUAAUAAGACUAUAUUUAUCUCCAUGUCACAAAAUGGUCGCAUUUAAAAUAGUUUAUUUAGGACACCGAAUGUUUUCAUCUGUCCCUCGGAAAAUUAUUUAAAACAUUCGAACGUACGAAAAUGACGAGUUUUUUAAUUCUAGAAAUUAAAAGAAGUCACAAGGGUUGAGAUCCGAUAGAUUGUAGGGGCUCGGACACUGCCAUAACUUUUUUACAGCUAAAAAAUCUGUUGACGGAUGUGAUGCGAACGAACGCGUUCCAUUUCCAUGACCCACUCAGCCA